CCGGAAGUCGUCCGUCCCCCGAGCCCAACCGCCGCUGUAGUAUAUAAACCGCGCCGGCACCGCACCGGGGAGCCCACCCGCGCCACCUCUUCUCCCUCCCUCCACCCCAGACGGCGGAGGACCCCGCGCCGCCCCUUCGAUCGGACCGCCGCCUUCCUUCCUCCCUUUAUGAUGGGUUCUUCAUCUUGGUCUACCCCUCCGCCAGCCUUUGGGCCAGUCAAGGGCUCUUCAUCAUCAUUGUUCUCCACGCCGACCUCUGGUGCGGCCAUGGGCUCUUCUCCAUCCUUGUUUUGUUUCACGCCGGCAUCUGGUGCAGCCACGGGCUCUUCUCCAUACUCGUUUGGUGUAAUGCCGACCUCUGGUGCAGCCAUGGGCCCUCCUUCAUCCUCGUUCACGCCGGUAGCCACGGGCUUUUCUCCAUACUCGUUUGGUAUCAUGCCAGCCUCUGGUGCUGCCAUGGGCCCUUCUUCAUCCUCGUUUGGUUCCACGCCGGUAGCCACGGGCUUUUUUCCAUCCUCGUCUGGUUUCACGCCAGCCUCUGGUGCUGCCAUGGGCUCCUAUUCAUCUUGGUGUGGCCCAGCAUUUGGGCGAUCCCCUAACGCCUUCGGGCACCCCAUGCCCCAUCAGGCACCUUUUUCAUCCAACACACCAUUUGGCUCUACAACAGGCCAACAUUAUUCACAUGUUCCUACCUUUGGGGUGCAAUCUGAGCCUUCAUUUGGGCCCUUUGGCCGAGUGUCUAAAAAAGGCAGCAGGGUUUCUGCUUAUACCAGGACUCCUGGUGAUGAUCCUGAACGUAAUUACUAUGUAUCUAUUUCAGCAAUGCCAGUAUUCAAGAGCAAAUCUCAUGAGGAGCUUCGACAUGCAGAUUAUAAGAAAGGAGACAAAGGUGGUUUCAACUUACAGGAGGGCAGAGUUCCUUGGGCUUAUCAUUCCUCGCAGCCCCAGCCCCAGGCCCCAGUGAAUGCCUUCGCAAAUCCUGUCAAGCCAUCAUUGUUUUCAUACUCUCCUGAGCCAUCCUCAGCACCUGUGGGACUGCAAUCCUCAGCACAUGGUACCACCAACCCAUUUUGGCUGCGCCCUCCAGGACCCCAGUCACCAUUAUUCUCAUACCCUCCCGAGCCAAUCCACAAGCCAUCAUGGUUUUCAAGCUCAUCUUGUGCACCAUCUACUACAUGUUGGGAAAACGUAUCCAAUAACACAGCAGCAUGUACAGCUCCUGCAGAUACAUCUUCUGCUCAAGGCCAUAUGUUUAGCCAAAAUUUGUUCCCUUCAAAAUCUACUCAAUCUGGAGGAAGUUUACUCAGCUCUUCGGUCGCCCAUUCAGCACCAGCUCCAUUGCCAAACGGUCAUUCCACUACUAUAAAUAUUGAUCAAGCUGAGAAAACUGUGGAGUUGGUACUACCAGUUGACAUUACUACUGUAAGGAUUAGAUUUUCUCCAAGGAAUGAUGAUACUGGCAGUCGUGCUACAGAGGUUCAUCAUAAUGUUAAAGCUUCAGCAACACCAGUGUCUUUCUGUAUCUAUCCUGGAGAGAACCAAGAGCUAACUAUCCAAUCAGUGGAGCAGCAUGACAGGAAACCAUCUAGUUCAACAGGAUCCGCUGGGGAACAGAAAGGGUAUAUCAACGGUGCUGUCCUGGCUAGGAGUAAUCCAUUUGAUCCUGUGAUAACUCCAUUUGGUGGUGCCCCUGUGAGUGAAAGUGUGCUUCCUCGGCUCUAUAAGGCAGACUAUUACACCUCGCCGUCUAUCGCAGAGCUUGCUGCACGAGAAAGCAACGAGCCAGGUUGUUGCUCACAUGUGAAGGACUUCACGGUCGGCAGGCAUGGCUAUGGCAGCAUCAAGUUUGAUGGAGAAACCGAUGUGAGGAAGCUCGACAUCGCUUCCAUCGUAGAGUUCAAGGACCGCGAGAUCCUGGUCUACACAGAUGAGAGCAAGAGACCUCCUGUGGGGCAGGAGCUCAACAAGCCUGCAGAGAUCACCCUCCUGAAUGUGAAAUGCGUCGAUAAGAAGACCGGGUUGCAGUUGACGGAAGGUCCAGAAGUCGACAGGUAUAAGGAGAUUCUGGCGCAAUGGACCGAGAAGAAUGGCGCUGAAUUCGUGGCGUUUGAUGCCGUGAAGGGGGAGUGGAAGUUCAGGAUCAAGCACUUUUAGUCAGUAGCUAGGUUCUUCGCAGUAGUAAGAUUCCAGUUGGAAGACAGGGUGAUACCAUGGCUCUGGCUAUGUAAAAAUACUCUGU